AUGUUGGGUAAGUCGUCGAAAGUGAACGGUCGAGAGAAAAACGUAAUGCUGGUUUCAGACAUUCAAAGCUUCGGUCACUGUGUGUGGAUCGUCAACUUCAUCGCCGUGAUCAUCGGUCAGUGCUUAAAAAGUUUUAAAUUGCCCUUCUGAAGAUUCUCCCUCUAGUCAAGUUCCCUAAACGUUCUAUCCUUACAGGCACUGUGCACAUGUGUGGUGGUAAGAAGAAGCCGGCACCGAUAGCCAAGGCUCGCACCUCGAACAACACGACGAUGGCCACAACGACCACGACCGGAAUGAACAAGUCACAGCAGCAGGCUCCCGUGCUCCCGUCCGCGCAGCCAGCAGCCAAGGAUGAGAAAAAGGAAGAGAAGAAGGAUGAGAAGAAGGAGGAGAAAAAGGAAGAGGAGAAAAAGGAUGAAGAGAAGAAGGAUGAGAAAAAGGAAGAGCCGAAGAAGGAUGAGAAGAAGGAUGAGGAGGAGAAGAAGAAGGAAGGAGACGAGAAGAAAGAUGAGGAGAAAAAAACAAAGGAAGAGGAACCGAAGAAGGACGAGAAAGAGAAGAAGGCGAAGAGCGAGAAGAAGGAGAAAAAAGAGAAGGAACCGUCGCUGAAGCCCAAAGUUCAAAAGUACACGGAGAAGGAGCAGGCGAUUGCUGACGGACAGAAGAAGAAGAAAACAGACUACCAGACGAUGGACGACGUGGCCAGUGAUUGGGAGGAUGAGGUGAAGAAGAACAGGCAUCGGAAUAAGAAUAAGGCGAACGACGAAGAGAAAGAUAAUACGGAGAAGAAGGAGGUGGACGAGGAAAAGAAGGAGGAUGGGGGAGAAGAGAAGAAGGACUCCAAGGAAAAGACAGAGAAGAAGGACGAGUAG